AAUUGAAACGCUCGUCCAGACUGUCGCUAUUGUCGCGCGUGCUCUAAAGUAGAUUGGGAGUGUUAUCAGCAUGGAUUCAGUCGCCCUCGACCCCCUCAGCUCCCUCGAAAACCAUCUUAACGCUCUUGUAGCAAAUAUCACCCAGACCAACACAUUCGCCAAUGCGCCCCAACUGGCAAAAGAUCUGGUGACCGACGACGAUAAUCUAUCCUCUGCCCUCACCCUCCUGCGGAAGCAUCAACAAAACUACGCGCGCCUCUUGAACCUCCGGGUCGAGGUUGAAGAUCUACAGACACAACUCCAAGACACGAUCCGUCGCAGUGUUGCAUUCAGAGACGAGAUUCUUCAGAUACAUCCAACGAUACUCGACGACUCGGACGAGGAGGAGGAGGAUGAUGAUGAUGACGCACAAAAUAAUAUCACAGAAAUAGAUUACCACACACUCCUGGCGUUUGCCGCGAGGAUAGGUAAACACAAUGCCGCAGCUGCACGCGAGGCCGAGGCAGAAGCUGUGAGACGGAAAGUUGCUGCAAAGCGCGAGGCAGUCAAUGGUGCUGCUGACGGAGAAGAGAAUGCAACGGCAGAGACAGAGGCUGAAGUGGAGCGCAUCAACAACACGGUCGCACAGACGAGGGCGCAGAUGGGCAUGGCCUUCCCGGAUGCCAACUUGCUGCGUGUGGGCGCAUUGGGGCAACUACAGCUAUACCAGGAGAAACAGGCGACCGCGGGUGCAAAUGUUGAAGACGCGCUGGACCGUGAGGUUGAAAGGCUCGUGCGAGAAAGUGAAGAUAUUGCGGAGGCGGUGGUUGAGCCGGUCGAGAACACCGCAGCGGAAGAGGGAAUGGGAUGGUCGAGUCCAGAGUUGGCGAAACGGACGUUACCUGGGCCUUCAGGCCAAACAGAACAAGCUCAUGGAUCAGGUCAAGCGUCGAUGCCGCAACAGGUGAAGAGACAAGGUGGUGACCUGCCUCCAGCGCCGCCAAAACGGAAGGUUGCUCUAGAUUUCCCUGGAAGCGACGACGAGGAAGACGAUGAUUGACAGCUUGACGAUGGUACCUUGGUUUGUUCUGGACAUAUGACAAUCUAUUUC